GUCACCUGCUCUCUCUCAUUCAUUUUCUCACCACCAUCGGAGUCAGGUCGCUCGCGAUCGGCGCGCGCAAGAACAAAAACAAGACGAAAAACAUUCAAAAACGCACGGAAAAUUGGGAAAACAAUCGUUCGGAAAAUUGGGAAAACGUUCGCGACCGAGCAGUGCAAGUGCCUAACGUCUUCUACCACACGCAGGUCAAGAGCGGCAGGUGCGCCAGCCCAGAAUCAGCGCAAGUGUACAAGUGCCGUCGGGAAUCAUAACGAUGCUGUGAAGGUGUUGAUCCGACUGAUCCGAUUUAUUUUUUCACCCCAACACACGAGAACCAACAACCCCGAGUGUCGCUGUGCAGUGUCCCCUGUGGUGUCGCUACUUGCCGCAGCUCUGCGGCCCGCAAUAUAGCCACCGUGUGGCUGCACCGUGAAAGAAAAGAAGAAAAAAACAAGGUGUGUCUUAUCGUCGUGGUGGUUCGCGGUUGUGCGAGAUGUGCUCCGGUUCCGGGUGCUUGUGCGGGAACGUGAUGUGAAUGGUGCAAAACAACGGCGCACAUACAAGUCGCUAACAAGCCGUUAAGAAUCAGCUUCCCGCGCCUCCGCUACCCGGCCCAAGUGUGUCUCGCUCCGUGUUGAAGCUAAGUCAAUAGCCCAGGCCGUCGCAGUAGUUAGUGUGCGGAUGUUGUGUUCGUAGCCGUGGAAGCUAUAAAGGGAGAUAAAAAGAAGUCUCAUUUCCGCGGCCGGAGAUUCGCCCCAUUUGUCGAGAGUCGGUGUCUCGCGUACGCGAUCCGUAGAUUCCGUCCAGUGCCAGUGGCGAGUACAAAAAAAAAACAACAACCAAAAGCAUCCUGAGCGUGCGUUGCGGUGAAGGCCAUUUUCUAUCGCAACAAAUGUCAUAAUAAUAGUAAAACGCACGCAGACAGGCCUCUAUUACUCAUCAAACGCCCCGCGAGUGCUCAAGUGUGUGCGUCGUGUCCUCAACCCGUCGGUGUCGGUUCUAACCGCUGUGUGUCGAGAAGCUCUUUGUCGCGCCAGGAGUGUGUGGAAGAAUCCAAGUGUGUGUACAUCGGCUAAUUCCGCGAGGAGAUGAUGACGGCAUCGUCCCGUCGCCCGGUAAGAUCAGCUAGCCGUGGGUCGUGAAUGCCGCAGUCGCGUCACAUGCGGAACGCAUUAGCAUCAGCGCGGGCCGCAGCGCUUUGCUAAUCUGCCGCUGCCGGGGACACACCGGAACAUGAUCGGACCGUCGAGCGCGUUCGCUCGGUCUCAGCCACGGAGCAGGAGCGGAACAUCCGCGGAGGACGACGGCCGGGGCCGCAUUCGAUGGCGCCGAUAGACCUCCGACCGGCAACGGAUUGGCAAAUACACAGACACCGCAAAAUCCGGCGCACUCCGGCGGACUCGGCCGCUGGCGAACAAAGUGACGUGUGAGUGCAGUGCGUGCGCGUGUGUGUGGGUGUGCGUAAAGGGGGAAAUUUGCAUCUGCGAGGCGCCACCCAGAGGGGCCGGGCCUGCUGCAUACCCGAAGGUGUGUAGCGUGUGUGAGAGCGUGUGCCGACUAGGAAAACCCGAACGGGGGAAGCCGUAGGCAAAAAGUGCAAUUUGCAGUGUGCAAACGAGAAGAAAAAAAAAGAGUAAAGGUCCCCGUUUUUGUGCGUUUGUGAGCGAAGAAGCCACCUAGAGGGAGCAAGUGCAAAACCGUGCUAAAGAAGGAAGAGUGUCAAGGGCCCCUUUACAACAACAGCAGCGGCAGCAACAGCAGAAGUCGUGCCUUUUGUGGGGAGACGAAUGCGACAAAGAGGAGUCUAAUGAUUAGUGUUUCUGUUGUAGGGCCCAGCUAGUAUCCAGCAUUCGAAUUCCAAGUGCCUUAUUCUAUGCGAGUGCGUGUAAGAGAUCGUUACGAUCACAUUUUGCUAUAUAGUAUAGUAAUUGCAUAUAUUAGUGUGCGCGUGUGCGAUCGUACGGUCGAGAGAAAGCGUUUGUAAUUUAUUAGUGAUUCUAUAGUGGUGGCAGUCAAGCCGCGAAUAAUUGUGCAACAAUGCCACACAACAGCUCGACCGGCGAUGAGCUGGGCAGUACGGACGAGGUGAAGGUGUUCAAGGACGAGGGCGACCGGGACGACGAGAAGCUGUCCGAGAACCUGCUGGAAGAGAAGUCCAGCCUGAUCGAUCUGACCGAGAGCGAGGAGAAGACGGUCAAGAAUGGAACCACCCGCCACGAAAGCUCCAACACCCUCUACGGCGGAAGCGGAGGUCCCGGUGGCGCGGCCGGCCCGGGCACUAAGCUACCGCACGGUGCACCACAUCCCGGCUUCAACAUGGGCUACAUCGUGCCGCCCUACUCCUACCCCAAUGGAGCGGCCGGUGGUCUGCCGGUGUCGAUGGCGAACAAGAUGAGCUUGCCGCCCUUUUUCUGCCACAACGGCGACCAUUUGUCUUCGCCACCGCCGGCGCACUGUGGCAUCCUGCCGUACCAGCUCGACCCGAAGACGAUGAGCCUGACGAGGCCUCCGCUCUACAGCUUUCCCACCAGCCAGUACCCGUACCCGAUGAUCAGUCCGGACAUGCUGCCGGUGGCUUCCUCCUGGCAUUCGCCCUCGCUCUACAGCCCAGCCGCCGGGUUCCGCACGCCCUACCCCUCCUCGCUGCAGAUCUACACGUCGCUGUCGAGUGAUUUCUACCGAUACUCGCCCACCCUGCUUCCGCCGAGCAUCCACCCUUCCCAUCCGGUGCUGAAUUCGGGCCAUCCGGCCAUCAUCACUCCCGGUCCGAAGCAGGACAUAUCCGGCAGUGGCGGAUCGUCGCAUCGUGGUGGCGACCGGCAGGGAGCGUCGAUCAAGCUAGAAUCCUCUUCGGCCGGGAACGAUCACGACAGCUCGUCAGGCCAUCAUCAUCAUCACCAUCGGUCGUCCUCCUCCUCCUACCAUCAUCACCGAUCGAGCGGAUCGCAUGGUGAUCAGCACAGUAAUAACAACAACAGCAACCAUCACACGAACCACAACCAUCACAACCACCACCAAAACCACCACAACAACAACAACGGCAGUGGUGGCGGCGGCGGCGGUGGCCACAAGCAUCAGUCGCUGGCGGAGCGGGAAGCGGCCCUGGAGAAGAAGCGCAGCCACGUGAAGAAGCCGCUGAACGCGUUCAUGCUGUACAUGAAGGAGAUGCGGGCGAAGGUGGUGGCCGAGUGUACGCUCAAGGAGUCGGCCGCCAUUAACCAAAUUCUGGGCCGCAAGUGGCACUCGCUGUCGCGGGAGGAGCAGAGCGUGUACUACGACAAGGCGCGCCAGGAGCGGCAGCUGCACAUGGAGCUGUAUCCGGGCUGGACGGCCCGGGACAACUACGGGUAUGGGGCGAAGAAGAAGAAGAGGAAAAAGGACCGCAGUCCGGCGGAUCCGGGCGGGAACAGCAUGAAGAAGUGCCGGGCACGGUACGGGCUGGACCAGCAGAACCAGUGGUGCAAACCGUGUCGGCGUAAGAAGAAGUGCAUCCGGUACAAGGAAGCGGGCGGAGGGGAUCGGGGAGGCGAUGGCAGUAGCGAUCGUGAAGGAGGCCGAGACCGGGGCGAUGGAUCGGAUGACGCGAUCGGAAGCUGUGGAAGUAUGGAGGACGAUAGCAGCAAAUCACCCGGCGAGGAGGAUGAGGAUCGCGAAUCGAUCAACCAGUCCCUGUCGAGUCCGCGGUGUCUGAGCGUGCUGUCGAGUCUGCAGUCGCCGUCGACGAGCAUUGCGUCGCCGUUGAAUCUGCUCGCCAGUCCGGCCACGCCGACCAACUUCUACCACCACCACGAUCAUCUCGGGCUCGCGUCCAUGAUAGCGUCCGCGCAGCAGCAGCACCAGCAGCAGCAGCUCCAGCAGCAGCUCCAGCAGCACCAGCAGCAGCAGCAACAGCAUUACCUCCACCAGCACCAUCACCAUCAUCAUCACCAUCACCAGCAGGCGGCGGCGGCGGCAGCGGUGGCCGCAGCCGCCCUCCAGAACGUGAGCGACAAGCUGAACAACAUCAGCAACGAUUCGGGCAUCGGCGGGUCGCAGCUGAACAACAGCUACAGCAACAACUUCAGCCCGUACAACAACCACCACACGAUGCGCACCAACUCGUCCUCUUCGUCGGCGAGCAACGGCAAUGGGGGUGGUGGCGGUGGCGGUGGCGCUAGUGGUAACCUCAACAGCAGCUCCUCCAGCACGACCAACGGCACGGGCGGUGGUGGUGGGCUGGGGAAAAGUCCUACCGCGAUGCUACUCCCACCAACACCCUCCACUCCGACCCUUGCCCCACCCACGCCAUCCUCCUCAUCGUCUUCGUCCUCGUCGUCCUCGUCCUCGUCCUCGUCCUCGUUGUCCUCCUCGUCGUCUUCCACCCCAUCGCUCCAGAUUCCGCCCCAUCUGCAGCAGCUUAAUCUGAAGACGUCACCGCCCCUGCUGCCCAACACGCCGCCCUCGUCCGGCGGCUCGUCCGUGUCCUCCACGACGGCGCUCACCAUCAAGGAGGAGCUCCCCGACAGCAGCACCGGCAACGGCCCGAUGGGCUCGCCCUCGUCCGGCUCGCUGCAUCCGACGUCCUCCUCCAGUCCGCCGACAACCACCGGCGUUGGCGGCGGCGGCGGGUUCCUGCUGCAUCCUGCCCACCAUCAUCACCACCUCACCACCCUCCAUCAGCUCGGCCAUACGCAGCUUCACGCGACCAGCAAAACCAACGGUGAUCUCUCCCCCACGACGACGACGACGACGGCGGCUGGCACGGCGGGUGGGGUAUCCAACAGCGGCGACGGCGGUCCAGCAGUCGUCAUCAACGGCAGCACCAGCCGGAGCAGCAGCAGCAACAGCAGCAGUAGUCAAAUCGCUAGUGAUAGGUAGUGUACCGAUAAACAAACAAACAAACAAACAAACGAAACAUCACACACCCCACACACACUAUACUACACUGUCCUCAACUCCCAAAUCCUACCCACUUCCCUCAAGCCCGAAGGUCCUUUUCCUUCGUUUCCCAUGUGCAGUGACGGGCUUCCUGCAGUACGGUUCUUCCAUUGUUGUAGUUGUUGUUAUGUUUAGCGCGCGGGAAAGUUGUGUAAAUGUUUAGCUUAACUGUUUUGUGGCCUUAAACCCCAAGGGAUCCCCGGGGGGGGUGGGGACUAUUGUGCGCUAUCAUCCUGCGGCACCACGCUGCCGGGCGAAGGUCGUCGUCGUUCUCCGUCUGUGCGUUUUCUUUUUAAAUAUCUUGUCCCGUGAUAAUAUUCCUCUAGACGGAUUUAUGUAUGUAUGUUUGUAUGUAUGUAAUAUGUAUUUCAUGUAUGCUGUGCGUGCGUGCCCCAAACUGUUAAUAGUUGUAAAGCUCUCCCUGUGUUAAGUUAGUCAGUCUCUAUGUGUACAUUGUUAGUUGUCCUCGUGUGCUUUAGAAUAAACCCCGUUAGUAAGAGCCGAACCGGAGUCAGGUGUAGCGAAAGGGCAAUCAUCAUUAGCGUUGUCGAUGCGUGCAGAUUUGAAAUGUAGUCCCUUGCUACUUGCAGUAGCCCGCGAUGGCUGAGCGUUUUGUCCUCAGUGUUUAGAUGGUUAGCAACGCAGCGAAGGUUACAAAAGAAGGGAUAAUUUAGAGAAAAAAAAUAUCUAAUUGACGAUAUAAAAGACUGAAAGCCAACAAGCGACCAACCAACAAACGGUUCGAUCAGUGAUGCAAGAUUAACACACUCUCACCAGAGCAAAGAAGCAAAAAGAAGAUGAGAAGUACAAUCACGAACGGACCAACAACAACAAAACCCCGCGUCGUUGUGUAGUGUGAAACGGAGAAUCAAAAAAGCAAAACAUGUAAAAAGGCAGAAUAAAGUGUACGCAUGCUUGUCUGCAUGCGUAUGUCGCUCUCGUAAUGUGCGUCUGAUGCGUGGAAACGAUCAAUCUGUCUUCCGAGAAAACGAGCAAAACUGCGGGCGAAGCUGCGAGAGGUAGAAACGGUGGUGGUGGGUAGCUGGAUUGUGCAGCUCGGGGUAAAGGGCACGGGACGAAGGCAGGAGCGACAGUCCGGGGCACCCGAAAAAAGAACGCUGGUAAGAAACCCCUGAGCUUGGUGGUUGAUGGCGCAGGUUGCCGGUGUGUGAGUGCAAAGGGAGUGAAAAUCAGUGGAAUGCUUUGGGAUGAGGAUCGUAGGCUCGCGUUGCUUUUUUCCCUUUCUCCUGUCGUGGGAGGCAUACGCAUACUGGGACGUAUAACCCGGGCGAGCGGAGCAGGAGGGUGACCGAAAGGACGAGGGCAGGGAACGAAUUUCCAAAACAAGUUUUUCCCUCUCAUUCAUUCCCGGGGUGAUUCCGGGUUGUUUUCGUUUCCAACCCCGUUGCGCCCCGUCUGGGGAGUGGGGGCAUGGUGCUGCAGCGGCAUGGAGCGGAGACGGGAAGGGAACGAUGAAAUGAUUGGAUGAGUUGUUUUUUUUCCCUCUCAAUUUUUGUUGGGCUUGAUUUCGAGAAAGCUCAGAAACAAUCUGAUCGCAAGAAGCGAAGAGAUCGAGCAUGGAAACGAGCUCCGGAGCGAGCUGCGAAGGAGGAGAAGAGCGCGCAGCGAAGAAACGGUGGAGGAAAGAACAAAAUCAAUCAAGUGUGUGAUAGUAGAAACACACAACACAACUUGGGACUAGGAAAGGACCUGAAAAAACGUUGUGAAAUAUAAUGAGAUGAGCAGGAUGAGGACGAUAAAGGAGAAAUGAGAGAAAAAGAACAACGAAAAAAUCCCUGCCCGAGCGUCGCGGCCCAAAUCAGCAGGAGACAACCAAGCCCGAGAUCACCGGGGGAGAGAGCGAAAAGGAUGGAAGACGUUAAAUGGGAACGGGGAGUGAGGGCAACGGGCCAGGAGCGUGAGGGCAUGGGGGUGUUUGGCAGGUUCGUUGGCUGGUUUGGUUGGGUUUGGGAGAAGCGAUGAGCAGAAGGAGAAGCAAUAAUGGAGGAAAGCCAAAGGAACGGAACAUAGAACAUGGUUCUGGAGGACCAUAACCAGCCCCGAAAGGUCGUAAAGAAACGAGAUGAUCGCUGGGUAGAAUCAGGAGGAGCAAGAUCGCAGAGCAGUGUGUGCAAGAACACAGGAAAGGAAGCAAUAAUACUUUUUUCGUCAUUCGUUAAAAAGGCUACACGAAAAAACGCAAAACAACAACCCUAGCGCUGGCCGGGGCAGGCCUGUCCCCGGGGCCAACAGCGUCCACAGCACACAGCGCCAGACACACACUCGCACACAGCGGGUCGAUAGGGGUGGAAAGUAUUGCUGGGCAGGGGGCAUGGGUUGCAGGAGCGGUGGAAUAACGAAGAAUUUAUGAAGUGUCAGUACACACAGCCUCCCUCGUUUGGCUGUGGAACGGAGGCGAUUCAGGCGAGGGGAGGGCGAUGGAAACGUUGCGGUGUUGUGUUGGGAUGGUGGAGCAGCGUCCAAGUGAGUAAGACAGAGAGAAAGAGAGAGGCACACAUACUCACACACAAACACAUGCACGGCUGGCUCCAAACUCCAGCCGAUCUCCAGCCGGGCGCGCAGCCGCGCACGCUGUGGCGAGGAGCCUUGAAUGGCUGAAGAAGGACGAUCCCCGGUGGAACCAGAGUGUGUUGGAGGGAGGUUGAAGGGGCUGCCACGGAACGACAGCGAAUAUUUCAUGUCUCGCGCGAAACGGGAAGUACGUACGUACGCGAUCGUCUGCUGUGUGGACGAUUUUCCACUCGCUUGGUUGGGUGUGCAGCCGGGGUUGGGCAAGAGGUCGCCGCGGCGCAAGGAAAGAGUUAACCGGGUUCAUUUGUGAUUUGUCUUCCACCUUUAUUCUCUUUUAAAAGUUUGGAAGAAAGAAAAAAAAAAGAACGCUACUUUUUACCUCUCUUUCGCCUUCCUUUUCUUUUCCAUCCGUUUUUUUUCUUUUCUUUUCUUUUUUUUGCACAAUUUCAACCGUCCCCAAUUCACGGAUGCUGCUGCUCUCGUGGGGUACGUGGGACUUGCACGGAGAUGGAUGGAUAAUUGCGCCUUUCAAGUAGUUUGGCCACCGCUGCCACCGCUCCUGCCUGGUUCAUCGUUGCUGCGGUCGAUCGGUCGCCUCGGUCGGUCGCUUCUUCAUGACCAGGCAGGGCAAUGUCGAUCGGCGGACUCCUCUCCUGCCCGGACGCUGCCCUUCCCCACUGCUCCCGUCGAUUAAUGGACAAUCGAGAUGGCGUUCUGGCUUCCCUCGAAAUUCGUGUCGUAUUUUUUCUCCCUUUUCCUGUAGGGAAGAACCGUGAAAUCUCGUUAAUUAUCGGUUAUUGUUGGUAGAAGGUGGUUAACGAUCGACGAGUGAUAUUGAAAUGUGUGAAUUUGACGAUUGUACACUGACCUGUUUGGGUUGAAGGGUGUAUGUGUGUGAGAGAAAAAGAGAGAGAGAGAGCCGUGUGUCGGUCACGGUACGGUUGUGAGUGGCUAGUGCAUGCGCACGAUAAUCAUGAGGGCAGAAUAGAUCAUCGAUCAUCAUUUCCCGAUUGAGCGGGCGUCUCUUUCGCACCCCGACGGAAUGUGAAAAGUUCCUCUUUUUUUCGAGACCGUACAGAAGUAAAAGCUUUUCCCAGUACGGCAACCAUGGCGCGCGAUCGCGAUCGACCGAUGGUUGGGCCAGAAUGCUUUAAGCUGUUUGUUAAGGAAUAGCUUCAUCUUCGGUCCACUGUUGAUCUUUCCUCUUCGGCUGAUUUUGUUUUAUUUCUCCCGAAAUGGAAUAAACUUCUUAACCAUCUACCAUCGGCUUGGGUCGGCAUAACCUGGCCGAGCCGGCGUGCUGCCAUAAAAAGGGUCAUUUUGUUGCAAUUUGUAAAACCAAUUUCACAUUUUAUGGUUUCUGGUUGUAUAUUUUGGACGAGAUGGCGCAUAUACGGUUGCCCUGACCGCUUUGUCCGAUAAAUAAGGUGCGCGGAAAGCCGAUCGGCUAAAGAUCCCCUCGAUCGGUCGCGAACGGAUGGCUGGAGUGGAGCCUUCCUGCGCUUGCAUGGGGGCAGCGUUGCGGAAGGUGAUAGCCGGGCAGGCUGUAAAGUCUUUGAUCCGGCAGUAACUUUUAUUGGGUGCAGGAUCACUCGAGCUUUGCAGAAAAACAAAGAAACAUGCAAACCCUUCCACCGCUUCUCAGCCUUCCAUCGCCAUGGAGUUGUGGACGAAUGGUUUUUGGCGAUCUUUCUUCCCGCCAUAGUGAAACAAUCUUUUUCUCCCUCUCCCUGGAUAUGGCGUCGUCUGCAUCGAACGGUACCGCCCUCUCCCUUUUUUACUACUACUAUUUCACAAAAGCGGAAAUACCAAAAGAGGAUCGAUUUAUGGUGACGAAUGAGAAGCCAUUAGAGAAAUAUGAGCCUCUUUCCUCCUCGCCAUCACUUCACCCAGCGCUGAGUCGGAGCGAGCGCCGUGUACUUUUGUAAGCCCCAUUUAGUGGUCGGUCUGGCGCACAUGAACCUUCUCCGGGCGGGCGAAUCGGUGCCCCAACCGUACGGUGAAGCGUACGAUCGAAGAAGGUGUGAUAUGGACAAACAUAAUAAAUGGCAAAUAUGCCAGCAUGCACUACCUGUGUGACGGGCUUGAAGGUGCCUGGACCUUUUGUCAAUGAACUCUGGGGAUGAAGAUUCACUGCGAACAGCACUGUGCAGAGCUAUGAAGGACAGCAAGUUUUAAUUUGAUUUUCACUGAGAAAUACACAUCGUCUGGGCUUGUUGCCCAAAAUUGUCCUGAUAUGGUGUAUCUUAUGAUAGCGUUUCCCUUCUCCUACUAUUUUGUUGUUUCUUCUAUUCUGAUGCAGUUGAUUGUCGAUUGUUCAAUUGAAUUAUGUGUUACAGUAGCUAUAGAGUAGAAGUAUUUAUGUUCAAAGUAGAUGAGUUAUAUGUGUUUCGUCGUUUCGUGUUAUUUCGUGUGCCUACUCGCUUCCACUCCAAUCCACUGCAAUGAAUCACGUCCACGAAGAAAUCCUUUGCAUUGCGCACUCCGGUUCUGAAUACGUUGCUGUCUUGUUGUUUUCUCUUCCAUUUAGUUUUCCAUAUCUUCGCUGCUGGUGAGCCACCGUAGCAGUGCGUUGCCAGCGCAUCGGAUUUGGUUCAAUGCAAGGGACGUGAAAGGGCCGUGAUCCUAGCAAAUCAGUUGCAGUCGACAGGAACCCAGCGGACAACUCCUCCGCAUCACAAACCAACAAUGGUUGGCAAAUCACAGUCACAAAGUAAGUCUGCGAAUGUGAGCAGAACCAACGUAAGAGGAAGAAGGCAGAAAAAGAGAGAGAACAACGGGCUCGGUAGGCGUUACGUAUGAGUCACCUUGUGGCGAUUGUCUACCGAAUGUUCUCAAUCACACAGGGCACAAUAAUCGAGCCUAUCUUGAUCUUCCAGCAAUGAUUCCAGCGCUGGUGGCUCUAGUCAAGAAAACUAGCCUGCCAAGAUGUCCUAGAACAAAGAACCUUCACUUUAAAUCGAUAAGUAAAACACGAUCAUUGGAAAUCGUAGACAGUUAGGUGCAGAGCACAGGCUACGUUAAGUGCAUUCGUUUGCAGUCGAAAUCAAUGCCAAUCGAUCGGAUCGAACCUUUCCAUGCCCCAAUGGGGUACUGUUGAAAAAAAAAGAAGUUAGUCAAACGGAGCGGUAUGUCCGUGAUAAACGAUAAUCACAUGCUCAAAUAUCCCCAAAAUCCUACCAUAAUGUGUAUAGCAAAUCAGAGGCGUUUGGGAUUGCAUAUAAGGUGGGAAUAUGACAACGAAUGAACCCUUCUGCGACAGAAAGAGACGUAGAGAAAGCUAGCAAAGACAGAAGAUGGAAAACAGUGGAAAUAAUUGACAUUUGUGUAAUGGCUUUUUGAGUGCACAUGGUGUGCGCGGCCAUGUAGUUAUCUAGGUACAGUGAGAUCGGAUAAGCAAUCGAAGUGCAAGGGAAGCGAUAUAAACUACCAUUACCCCCAAAUGGGAACGCAGCAGAAGAGGAGGUAGCGCGAAGAAAAUCGAAACGAACAGAGAACUCGAAAUUGAAAGCGAAACGACGAUCGCCACUCAACGGGCCACAUUGUACAAAGAACGGAACGGCAGCGGCAACCCAGUCGAGUGGGUGGAUGCAUCGCGUAUCGCGUACGGCCACUGUCACAGGACCCGAACGGUCCGCAACCCAGACGACGGUCCGCAGUGGCGAUCGUUUUCCCACAAAGCGAAUGGCUAAUAGCCAGAUCGCCAAUGCGAAAGAGACGCCAGAGAAAGAGACACCAACGGCAGCAAUAGCAACGAACUCUAGACGACGGACAUGCAGUCGGUGAAGUUUGAAAUGGUGGCACUGUGGGCGAGAUUUGACUCAUGGAAGCGAGUUUUUCUUCCAGCAUAGCCCAGCGACCACGCCACACAUAAAAGGACAACCUUUAGAACGACAUUUUUUGCAUCGAAAAUGGAUGCGAAAGGUGGAAGUGAUUGCGAUUUUCUUUUUGUGCGCGACGAGCGUACUCUCCCUGCCUUAUUCCAGUGAGAUGCGCGAUCACCCUCAAUGUGACCAUUACAGCAGGAUAAAAACUCGAUCACUCGAGCCACCUUCUAUGACAACGAUGGUCAAACAGUUUUUGAGAGGUUUUCACCAAAAUCUGCUCGAUGCAGUACUCUGCAUGUUUUUGACAGUAUGGGAACACACGAUCCCACCGAUAACAGACAACCCACGGUUCUUUGGAACGUGGUCAUGAGCUCUGGACGAGUAAAUGGAGUCGACACUCCUUCGGUGUGCGUAUGACUAGGUAAACUUCUUACGCAUCGAAUUGUGUGCGAAUGUGUAGUUUCUAUUGCUGUCGUUGGUGUUGCAGUGUCUGCAUUCUCAAGUGUCUCAAAUUAGGGAAAACGAAUGAUUGAAGUACGCCUUACACUUAUACCGGAAAAAAUCUUGGCAAUAAACAUGUUACCAUUCCUCAUUGCAGCCAACAAUUAGUAAAAGUCUUCUCCUUUCUCCAGUGUUUGUGUGUGUGUCUGGUGUUCGGCACAUGGGCACAUCAGACCACUUUUCAGUCCUGACCACUUAUGUUCCAUCCCUUAAGUGGAUUUUACUAAGGACGAGGGAGCCACGACAAGGGCUUGGGAUUUUGGGAAGAAUUUACCACAUAACGUAGGAGCGAUGCUCAACAGAGAAAAAAAACAUGAACGGGUCAAAUCCCGAAAGAUGCAAGUGAUUACGUACCACGAUUUUUUCCGUUACUCUACCCCGAAUUAUGCGUGUGUUAGCUUUCGUGGAGCGUUGCCGCUACUCCGCAGGCCACAGCCCAUAUCAUUGUUCCAGCCCGUGGACCGCAAAGACACAAGAUUGCAGCGUGUGUAUGGAAUCGUUUUUCGGGACGGUCGGAUUGUCGCCGUCUGGCGCGUGUGGGUCGUGGCAUGGAAGCCAUUAAGGAUUCUUCGAAUUUUAUGGCUUCACUGCACACGGAGCGAGCGAGACGGCCAUACCCAGGCAGUGCAGUGCACACCGCUUCGCGAGCCGGGAAGCAAACUUACUGCUGCACAGUUACGAUCACGGACGGUGAUUGACAGUAUAUACGCGCUUCAUAGAUCCACUUGUUUGCCUACGUUCUAAGCGCCUUCUGCGCCACCCUUGGCAUCCAACAACGAUAACCAGGAGCAGUGCAAGACGAUGUCACCCUUUCCACCAUUUUUAUGGUUUCUUGGGGUGGAAUACAGCCCGGAGAAAAUAUGGGACACUGCGGACGAAUUCCGGACAUCCAGCGUCUUUGUUCCGAGAACUCGCGUCCACCGCAGAUUAGCCCGUGCCCUGCCCUGUGCUCUCCGUGGUCGCUCAUGCGGGCGGACCAUGCAGCUUUACGAUUUUAUGCGAUCCUGGAAAAUGGUAAGCUGCCUGCUCCUCGACAGCAGCAGCCUUGAGCAUCUAUCUCUCUCUCUCUCACUCUAUAGGUUGGCUACAUCCGCCCGGUUGCGUGCCGACGACCCGUUCCAUGAAAUAAGACUGUUUUCGCGUCGGAGUGACAUUUGUUUGUCCUACCAAAAUGAUUCCUGUGGUGCGGUGGCAGGGGUGAGUAAGUACAAUCCUUUGCGAAACCUCCGCUGAUCGUUGCCUCCUUGCUUGACCUUCUUUUCACCCUUCCGUGAGGCGUUUUACGGCGAUGUUUCUGCACCGCUUCAACGUGCGAUCCCGUCCGUUCGCGUUUGCGUUCGCGUUAUUUGCGCAUGGCCUCCGAUCGCGCCAAGCCGGUUUUUUGAAAUUCUCGUUAUUGUUGAUCGCGCGUUCGCGCGCUUGCGGACCCGCGCCGCCCUUCCGCCUAACCGCCGCACGACAGCAGGGUUUGUUGCUGGUGGUGAUCAGUUGUGGCUGAUUAUCUUGCGGUCCGCGGAGCGCUGUUCACCUCGCCGCGCUGGGGAACGUUGUGCUAUGACACACGCACACCGACGCACGAGCAGGGGGCUACAAGAACGUGACACUACCAAUACUACCACCGUUCGGCUGGACUGGAGCCAUGAUGGAGCCCCGAUUCUCUUGGGCAGAUUCUGGGUCUGGCGUGGACUAGCUGCUACUGCGGCUACUGAGCGCGCUUCGCGGACCGCGGAAUCUUCGCUGCCAUGUCUUUGCUGCUGUUCUUCUCGCCAUCGUUGGCUCACGUCACCAUUGUGAUUGUCUCUCGCUCUCUCGCUCUCUCUGUCUCUCUCGUUCUGUCCAUUCUUCUGUCGGUGGGGCGUAGCAGGCGUAGCGUCUCGCGAGCGUGCUGUAAUAAUACUACACCAGCCAGAGACGCGGGAAUGUGGCUCUCCAGUUCUGGUUGCGUUAUUCUAUGCGGUUGGUGCGAACGGGGUGAAGAUGGCAGACGGGAAGAAAGAAAAACACCCGAAUGAGAAUACAGUAAAAAGACGCACACACGAAUACUGAUUCACUUCGAAGCAGCAGCAGAAAGGCAAAAAAACUCGCCCCGAUCGAACCGGGGUGGAGUGUUUCGGAAACGAGAACCUUUUUAAAUAACAUAAUUUAUGGCAUGUUGAAUAAACAAAUAAAUAUUGGGUUUUCUGAAUACUGGGCAAAUGUGUGUGGUGGAAUCACCUCCAGUGGCCGUGGUCGCCGUCGUCGUCGUCGUCGUCGUCUUCAUCUUCUUCUAUUUAGUUGUGCCGGCCUGUUCGUGCGCGAUAGCUGUGUGGUUGAUCAAGCACACCGUGGCGGUGAGAAUGGGGGGGGGCUCAGGUAUUGUCCGAGCCCGAGAGCCGUGCCUUUCCGAUCGAGCAGCCAAUCUCGAGAAGGAUGCGCUACUUCGAAAGGUGUGAUCUUUAUCUUUCCUUCCCACCAAUCGCGGGCUUCAUCGAGACAACAUUCGGUGUUUACCAUUAUCGCGCUCGCCGGAUCGACCCCUAAUGCUGCUAAUCUUUUUACUGUCAAAGUGUGGCAUAUGUCAACAUUUGGUUGGCUCGAGUGGUCUGGUCGCCACGAGGAAACCUCGCCACACACUGCCAGUCCGCUUCAAGCGGGGGGCUUUAGGGCGCUUCAAAUCACAACGUCUUCCUUAUCCGCCGAUAUUUGAUAAGAAAGGUGUAAAGAGGGUGUUAAAAUGUAUUCGAUAAAUACAACGCUGACACUGAAGAUGGGUCAGCCCGGCAGCUCAUGGACAGCACGCUACGUGUGCUAUGAUUACAUUUGUAAGUUAAAGUUGAUUGCAUUGCCGUUUGUCGUUGGGUCUUUCUUUUCCACCACCCAAGCUGAUUAUUAACGCGUGAUUAUUAGGACUAGCAGAGACGCGAAAAAAGACGCUCAAUCAAAAUGUCUCUCCAUCGACGGAUCGCCUCCCAGCGGAAUAGUCUCAUUAAAGUGAACCGAUUAAAACAUUGCGCGCUAGAGCUGAAGCUCAACUUUCCACCACACUCAUACGGAUUGCGGUGUGAAGAAACCCCAUCUUUGGCGAGAGCUGCCACGACAGCAAUAUCAUAAAAAAAAACAGACACACUCGGUAAAUUGCAAAAUCACUCACUCCCGUGGGAUGACAGUCAACAAUUAUGACUCUAUAAGGAUGAACAAAAAAGACGCACACUCCUUAGUCCGUUCGGACGAGAUGGCAGAACGGUGGCGAGAACGGUCGAGAGGUUUCUCGGCUCGGGUUGAGCGAAGCUCUAGUAUAGCCACCCCGGUGCACUUUCUUCCGCGUUUUACAUGACCGCUUGUUAGUCGUCAGGGGGACGUAACGAGGUGACAGCGCACGUCGAAUGAGUAGCAAAAUUCCUGUCCAAAGCGCGGGAUCAUUGGGAAGGUGGUGUGGUCUCUAGGCGGGUGCGCGAGCUGCAAAAGGUGCGGAAACCCCAUUGCAUAGAACCGUAGUGAAGGUGGGACGAAGGUGAAGAUGGGGCAGUGGCGCGGGAAAGUCACUGUGGUUACACUCACGAAAAAGCCACAAGACGACGCAAGUAGUAGCAGCAGCAAAACGAACAAAUUAAAUUGACGCUAUCUCCUGGCCACACGGAAUGUGCGCGCCCCGCGUGCGUGUGGGAGAGUCGCGCCGGGCCUGUGUUGCGGAACGCGGUGCUACGAGGUCACACGGGGAGGUGUACCGUGGUGUUUGUGGUGGCAGCGGCGGUGGGUCGGUUGCGCUCCGGUCGCGAUGUCGUUGUCUAAUCAUCACCCGGCUUCGACGCCUUUUGCCGUGGCCCGGUGCAGAGUGAGAGAGGGCUACAAAAAAUGCGCUCCAAGCUGAACGGACCAAGCGAGUGAGCGGGAGAGAGCGAGCGAAAAAGGCAAUUGGAGUGCUCUGGGUUAAAUAAGGGCUCUCGGGGCGACAAAAAACGGUGGGCCGGCUAGAAGGGGGUUGGGAGACGCACAGAAACAACACACACCGACGAGUUGUGCUCUUAUCAGUGAACUCACGGGGCUACACGAACGCUAACCAAACGUUUCACCGAUAGAGUGUCCUCUUCCAUCACGGGAGUGUGUGUGUGUGUGUGUGUUUUUGUUUGUGUGAACCAUGCCCAGCUAGUCCAGAUCGAACGGGGGUAGCAAAAUGGCGCGUAUAAACAAGCGAGUGUUUGACUAGGCUCAGCUCCCCUGUAUGGCCAACCGUGCGCAGCAAUUAAAGAACGAUCUUACGGAAACGGAUAAAAGAAGUCUUAAGCCUCAUUCAGAAGUAACUCUUUCUCUGAACUGCUCCAACUACGGCAACUCUUCAUCAGGAGCUGUCAAACGCCUUUCCGUUUCCGUGGACAAGGGCACCCGUCCCAAUCUACAUCCGACCGGCUCGGACUCGUGUGAUGUGACGUUUCGGCGUUAUCAUUGCACCGACAUUUGACAGUCGGUUCCCAUCCGAUAUGGCACCUUCCGCUUGGGGCGGGCGUGAAGCAUCACACUGAUAUUUCUUAAUUUUCCAAUUGGGCUGAACUGAAUUGGAAUUUUUUGGCCUCUCUCGCACCCUCCCCUGUGGCUUCAGUUCUGUUUUUUUUUCUCCUCUCUCGCCUGUAGCGUGAAUGACAGAGCAUGAUGGCUUCCGCUACACCACCCAUCUUUCGUUAUCAUGCGUUUAGUUUAACAGACAGAUAGAGAGAAACCAGAGCGAAAAAAAGCAUGUUCUUCUCCCAUACUCCCUUCGCAUCCCCUCCGCCCGUUUCCUAUCCUGUCGCGUAUCUCGCCACCCAUUAGCUGCCGGCGUUCAACCCCACAACGGCUUGCGUGUGUUGCGACAGUGAUGAUUGGAGCGCAUCAGAUAAUUUUGUUGCUCAUCACUCGGUCCCCCCCCCUUCCCACUGGCUGUCCAGGUCCAGCUCCAGGUCCGUUUCGUCUCCCUCAUCCCCUUUCUCUUCCGCUAUCCAAUGAAAGAGCCCUUUUCCGAUUCCUUGUUUGUACUUGGCUUUAAAACCGUCCUCCCGCUCCCCGGGUGAACGCAUACACAUACAAACCGAUUGAUAAACACGAUGGCAAUUGCUGCUUCUGCUGCUGCAGCGCGCGCUACCCUAUCAUUAUUGGGCACCACAAACACACGUUUUGUGUGCUUCAACCCAUCGUACAGCCCUCGGUUCCGCUGUACAACCCCUCUCCCCGAUCCCUGUCAAAUAGAUCCCAAACUAGAACCAGCGAAGGGGAGCAGCAGCAGACCACUUAAGCAUGACUUUUCAUCACGGCCACCAACCGGCCCGAGGGGCCUGGGACCGAUCUGUUUACACGAGGAUUUGCGUAUCCCAUCGCACUGCUCCAGGCGCUCCACCCUUACUCCCUCUCCAGGGAAAACGGGAGUGAAAAUGAAAGGAAAUAAAUUAAUAUAGGGAAAUUUCUCAUUCCGCCACAGUCGCCGCGCCUGAUCGAUCGUUUGCUGCCCUCCUAAUGCUCGUUCGACAUUCCGAGGCAUGGCGAUCCCCGCGCACCACCUCACCGAACUCGCCGCACCCGAUAAUGUUUGGGUCAGAACGAAUUUGUGCUACGAACUAUUUGUAACCAAUCAGCGAACGUGUUGAAAAGUAACUUCAAUCUAUAUUCGCCCCCACACGCCACACGCCUGACUCUCUUUCUCUCUCGGGGGAGAGAGAGAGAGACCGCGCGACCGGCCCUGGAACCGGCCGCAUUUCCGCAAGACGAUUUGUUUACACAUUGCAAUGUGAAUGCGAAUGGCUUUGGGACUUAAUUGAAUUGCGCAAGAUGGAAAAUGGAUAGAGCGCGACUGGUGCGGCGAUCGUUUCGGACGCGAUAGGUUCCAUUUGUGUCGAUGUGCCGGCAAAGAGCGAAUAAGCGGCCCAACUUUGGUACGAUCAUGUUGACUUUUCUGCAAUAGAAUGACGACGGCGUCCGGUGUUCAGAUGACACACGCCCACCUAAUCAAUUACCACACGGCUCUUAUCGGCCCAGGCCCGUCAAUUUGCUGUAAGCAUUAUCGUGCAGCUCCGUUGAGCCGUCUUGAGAUAGUUCCUAUUUUGUUUCUUUUUUUUUUGUGUGUUUUUGCUCAUCCGUCUAUAGAUUGUCAGCGACCACCACUGGCCAUAAAGGUCGGAAUCAACGAGAAAUUCGAAGAGCCGAUAAACGUGUCGAUUAUCUGUCGUACGUGUUUCGUCGCCAACCGCUAAUCUAAUGCGCGCGAGCGUGUGUAAUCUUUUUAUGUGGCGGUAACGCUGUGGUGGGGUAGUUUAUGUCUCUGCCAACGAUGGGUCGGCAUAAAUCGUACGCACGUACACGCCCGCUCGGUUUACUGCCAAUCGGAUUCGAGCCAAUUGGUUGUGGCGUCAUCAUUGUGGGGGGGGGGGGCGAUGCGACGGAACAAUUAACCGAACUGCGGAAUUGUAAGUUCCGGCGACUUAUUACCAGGGCAAGACGCCAGGUUGACUUUACCAAAUAUUGAUCAGUGCAGCAAUUCACCGACGGAACGGUCGGUGCAUCGCAUUUUGUUUUGCGCUCGUACUUGGGCUGGGUUGAAGUCAAACAGCUUGUGCUUGGCUUUCUUAUCGGCGCCUGCGAGUGAUUUAUUAUGCAUACAUAGCCGUCAUUAGAGCGAGGUCAAAGCAAUUCUAAUUGGCCGCACAAACACAAUCGCAAGGUGCAAUGAUGCUGCAUGUUGCGCGCGCGUGUUGCCUGCGCAGGAGUGUGAAAUGAGUUUGGAGGGCAUUACUUCAUGCUUAGCUGCUCAUAAAAUCCGUUUCGAUUUAAAACAACAUACGUCUGACAUAAGCGAGGAAAGGCGCUGCGCUGCUACGGUUAAGAAAAUCAUUACAAACAGAUCGACGUUUCCUUCCGUGUGGAUCGUUGGUGGUCCUUGAAAAGCUCGUUCCACUGAUGACAAGCGUAGACAAUCCAACAGACAGCCGGCGGCAGUAGUGUUUUUCUUCUUCUUCUUCUUCUUCUUCUUCUUCUUUUUCUUCUGCUUGCCUCACACUCUGGCGCCGGAUCGACACUAGCACGGCCUCGACGAAUGGGCGCUGCAUCGUUUGCAAAUCUCCCUCGGCUCGUGUGCCUCCACGGUCAAAGAGCCUUACGCCCUCGCAUCGACUGGAACUGGAACUGUGUAUGUUUGUUGCCAUUUCUCGAUCUGUUUCACAUUCCCUCGUUUCCCUCCGCCAUCUGUGUGCCAUGUUUGUGCGCUUGCAUGAGACGCGCGAGAGCACAUGGGCGCAAAAGCGUUUGCGCCAACACGUUGCAUGGCGCGCAUACGACCGUGCGUAAGCGGGGCGCAGACUUAUCGCUUUUCCAAGCUCUUGCGCACCCUUCCGCUGCUUUUCGUCCGCUUCCUCGUGAUCGAUUUUCGUUAUGGUGAGACUAGAAGAGAAAGGGGCCCAGGGGGGGGGGGUAUGCCUGGGUAAGUGAUGAGCUGUCGAUCAAGCCGUCGCGGAUGAAGCGAAACCUAUUCCUCAUCGACGGGUUGAUCGAUCGUGGUCCACCGCAGCGCACGGUAUCGGCUUUCCAGCGUCUUACCGCCCCAAACCACACACGCAACGUGGGCCGCACGGUGCGAUGUAGCCGGGAAAAGAGCAUUAACGAUGACUAACGACGAUCCCCGCCGGCCCACCCACUAGCAGCAGGGACUCAAUAUCAGUUGGAAGUCCUAAUGCUAUCCACCCGCUUUAGCAAGCGAGAGAGAGAGAGCCUCCCAGGGGGUUCUAAAUGUUAAACAUUUCGUUCGAUUUCGCAUCGAUCGCAAACCGGAAACUCUUCCAAAUGUGGACUUCCUAGAAUUUUGGGCUGCCCGAGCUGCUCGCCUAAUGAGGCUACAUUCCAGCAGUGCGUCAGCUGACGCUUUCGGUGCUCGGUUAUGAGUUCCAUGUUUCUUGGAACAUGUAAAGCACAGCUCGGCAUCCAAAGGAGGUGAUUUUAUCGGUGCUUAAUUCAACCCGGUUUGCUCUCCCCGUAAUGAUGCUGCCCCAUGGUACGGGCCCGGCCCUCUAGGAAUGCGCACAACGCCGCCGUAGUGCAAUGGGAGGGAACGAAUAAGCGAAAGAGAGCGAGAUGGCAAGAAAUAUGGAGGGAAACACAUUGUACGACACAGGGCUCUGUUAGUAAGUACUAAUUAUAGCAUAAUUAAUUGCUCAACUAUAAAACCGAUACCGGGGAGUUUUGUUUUGCCUGAUGGGUAGUGAUGUUUUUUUUACUUUUUAUUUGUUGUUAUGUUGCCAUUGCGCCGUCCUGAUGCAUCACUACACGGUGCUUCCAGGUUCCGGCCUUGGAAUGAUGCUGAACCGGGUGAUUGCGUGGCUGCAAGCAUCGACAUGCAUGCACCGUUAAGAGGCACGGCGUGGUGUGUGAAGUCACAGAGAGAGAAAGAGAGAGAGAGAGAGAGAGAGAGAGAUGCGUUUAGAGUUGUUGGGAAAAAGAGCUGCUAGCACACAGCAAUGCGCCAUCCCGUCCCCCCUUCGCAAGCAUCAACAGUAGUAAACAGCGUUCGGGGGAAGUGGCGCUGCACCGUCGGAAGGAAACGGAACCACCCGAAGGGAAAGGAAUAAUAAUAACAUUCAUUUAUUAUCAUAAUUACUAUGUGCGCAAUUAUUACAUUUUUUGAAUUUUCGAUACCCUUUCCACGCAGUCCCACACAAACACACACACACACCGAGAAACGCACAUAUACUAGCGCAAGAAGUGCACGAAAGCGCAAUGGAAGAGAUGGGCCGUUCGUUGGCGAUUCGUAAGUUUCGCGCGCCCGUAAGCACACCGGUGGGUAACUCCGGUAGCUAAUUACUUCUUUUAAGGCUCAGCUAGGCCCCCCACAAAUGGGCCCCGCAAAGUAGCUGGUUUGCCAUCCUUCGCUGGCGUCUAAGUGCCCUCCCAUGGUUUGCCCACCACCGUGACUCGCGCGCGCUCGUGCCUUCCUUUCCUUCCGACGAAGCCUCGAAACCUUUGGGAUCCGUCUGGUGGAAAAUAUAUUAAUUAAAUGCUCACACACAACACAACGAGCAUAGGAGUGAAACCUGCGCCACCGCCAACCGGCGGUGUCGAGCGCCUGGGAGCGGAAUGCCAACACUCCGGGGCAAACCGUUCCUGUCUCCCAUUUCCCUCGUUUAGCGCUGUGGUGUUGGUGGUGUUUUUUCCUGCCACCCCUUUUGGUUGCUUCUGCUGCUACUACACAUCUGUCGAACAGGUGAGCACAGGUGGCAGCAAAGCUUUCGUUCACUUCUCCCUUCGCUGAAGCGAUAAGCGAACGUGCAGGAGUUGCGAAAUGAGCACCCUUGACCUCCCCCAUUCGGUACGCGUGUGUGUAUGUGUGUGCGGUUCCGGGGGAGAGGGGAAGGGCGCCUUCAUGCACACGACGGUUAAUACCGGAGACCCACGCACCGAAAAACUUAACUCACCGUGAAGCUGAUGAAAACUUUGAACACAACUAUUACCUUUUUUUUGCCAAGUUGGUGUAGCGGGAAACAGUUUAACGUACAACACACAGCCAGCCAACUCACAGGUGAGGAAAGCAGCAGUCUUUCGCUAAUGAAAAAAGAAACAUUACAAUUAAUUACGCUUCGGACGGCUAAGAAUUGGGCCGAAUUGUGCCUCGGCUCAGUAAUUGAAACCUCGCUUUUGCUGCCUUUGGAAACUCGAACAGGCAGCAGCGCGAGGUUUGAUGAACAAAUCGAAAGAUCGCCAUCGCCAUUAUCCUUAUGAUCGCGAACAUGGUUCCGUUGGAUGCCCGAAUCAACUGCCCUCCCCUCCCAUCUCUUUGGAGCUGCAAAACCCAUCGCUGCCCCUCUCUCUCCCUCGUUCGUUCGUUCGUUCGUUCGUGCUCUACCUCAAAACCUCCGAGUGAAGGAAAAAGUAUUUGCAACAAAAUAUUGACACUAUGGUGCACCCACCCACCCACGCCAACAACUCGUUCGCACUCGUUCAACCUGCUGCCUUCGUGAGAGGCGUGUGCGGAAUAUGUGGCCAAUUAAAACUGCUCAUUCCGACAGUAGCAGUAACAACGGCGGCCGCCGCUCCAAUUGACCGUUACGCUCACGUAAUAAGCUGCCGCCGCUACCGAUGCCGAUUUGCCGAUUUUUCCGACCGGGUGCGGCCACUCCAGGCCUAGUUUUUGAACACCCAGUUUCGUGGCGUUGAUGUUUUUCACUCCCUUGCUUUUCGUAACGGACGCGGACACACCGAUCGGACGGAGAAAUUUGCGCCAAAUGAGGCGCGAAAACAAUGUCUUCGCCCCUUUCUCGCCUGCCGCGCGAACGCAUUCCUUUUUCGGGGAGUGUUGGUGGAAAGAACCUGCCAGCGCCGAGAGUUAAUAUUGAAAACACCUCUUCCUUCUGUUUCCCUCCUUUGGUUCGUCAGAGAAUAUAAGGCGAAAAUGUUUGCGCAGGUUCAAGCGGGCAAGAAAUAUUGCCCCCACCGUUGGUAAAUGAUCUAUUUCAUAAAGUGCCGGCAAACAGAGGGCAAGAAUCGGCAACGAAUUCAUUUCUUACGGCAUUCCAUUUGUGCCCGGCUAAACCUCCCAAUAUGAGUGUAAUAAAAUCAACAGUAGUGCCACAGGAGGACGCUUUAAGCAUACUCAUUCAUGCGGUGGUACGCGCUCGGCCCAUUCAAGAGCGAUCCUCUCUGCGAAUAUGCGCACCCAAGAUGGCCAUGCAUAUUAAUGAUCUUUUUUUAUUGACAAUAAUCUAUCGGGAAUAAAUAACACGACAGAGAAUUGCCAUUCCGAUCGCUCACGGAAACCGAACCGCCCCAUCCCGACGCCCGAGCGAGCUGUUCAAACCAAGGGAAGCUGCCGUAUGUCGCAGGACAGGUGUGAUGGAAGAGAUAAUGGAACCGAAUACUUUUCAAGACAGUCUAAGUAAACAGUGAGUCGAGUUCAUCGCCUUACCCAGUCGCCCGUUUGUAUACACACACAUACACACACGUACACAGUGUGGAGCUUUGUUUUUUCAGCAUUUAAUGAAUAGUUGCGUAGCACCAUACCAUACGGAAAUGUUUGAUAGAGGCACCGGUUCGGGUAUGUGUGCUUUUCGUCAGGUUUGUUUUCCCUUUUUUCAUGUGUAAAGUGUACUAUUCGUUAGCAUACACGCAUAUGCUGUGAAUGUGUGUCAGGCCCGAAGGCUUUUUUGACGAAUCAAGUGAAGCUGAGAGGCAAAUGCUGGCCGGGAGAAGAAAAAGUGAAAACAUACAGUUUGUUGUACCGUAACCCCGUAAUCCCGAAAUGCGUAUACCACACCACAGAAACGCACUCGCGUACACACAGCCAUUUGCUUUGGCUUCUUUCGACGCACCACCAUAAACACUGGCAUCAGCUGCAAGUGCAACGGGGUUAAAAAACAAAACAAAAGCUGAGAGAAAGAAGAAAAAACGGUUAGGCAAACAUAAUUUGUUCAAAAAUCAAUAUUUUACGUUUAAAUUUCUCGCGCAAGUGCUCGGUCUGGAGCGCCCUACGAAGCGGGUGAAACGCACACCACAAUGCACUCGGUUGGUGCACUCGUAACAGAUAUUGUUUUAGAAGCGAAGAAAUUGAACGAUUACGGAACGCAACAUUUCACGCUAUUGCUGCGUAGCCAAAUGCCCGAUAAGAACUGCCGCCGAUACUGGCCCUUGUUUGACAAACAAAACGACGGGACAAAACGACCCCCUCCGGCUACCUUUAGCUUCAGUUAAGCGAGGAUCGAUUUCUUACCGGGACUACAGAAACUUCAUAACAAACACCAUGUUCGGAUCGGGCGCUAUUCAACCUCUUUAGCCUCUAAUGCAUGCAUGAUGCAUCGAUCAACCGAAAAAAAAAAUCCAGAACACAUUUACUCCGGCAGUGUUACGAAUCAAGCGAAAGGUUUAGUCAACGAGCCCUUUCCCGCCUGGGCACGGAAAACUGUCACAUAGUGCCCGUGCCUUUAUCAAAUCAAAUCGAAACUGUGGGGAGGGCGCAAAAAAAACUACUGAAUUCAAUCAAUAACCGUCAUUCAGGCAAACCCGCUUGUCCCGCUUAGCACAGCAAGAUCCGUGGCGCGAACGGCCGCGCGAGGAAAGGGUCGGAAAAUGCGCACGGGUAAAACAUGGUGCAGCAAAACAGCACAAACCCGUCCUCGAUGCUCGAUGCCCGGGAGCGAUAGGCGACGAUGUGUUUAGGUGGUCGGCCCGGGCAGCGAUAAUGGCGAUAACCGUCGCGAUGUGGCCCCGUGUUCGGUCACAGGCGACAAAAUCAGCAGCAGCGAUGGUUUUGCUGGUGGUGGUAGGCUCAAGGUGAUUGGAUUCGAGGUGCGUCCGGCAACGGGUUGAAAAAAUGGGGUGCAGGGGUUUUGACGCGAUCGUAAUUAUUUCUAAUCAAUCAAAAAGUAAACACAGCACAUACAACAACCACUUGUAUGUAUGUGUAUGUGUAUGUGUGUGUGUGUGUCACCCCGUGAGGGUGAGCAGGGCUUUGCUGUGAGCUGUGAACGAUAGUAAUGAACGAGGUGAGAUCGAUUCGCGCAAAAGGUAAGAGUGAGAAAAUCCGCCUACCUUUGGGCGGUAGAAUUUCAUGCCCCAGUCCAUUUUCUACCCAACAUGGCCGGGUUCGAAAACUGCGUCAAAACACAAAAGAAGAGAGUGUACAUUAUCUUUAAACUGGCUGGAUUGGUAGCACACGCGUUGAAUAAUGAGUGGAAUUGACGAUGGCGAUCGGGACGCCAUACCGCAUGCCCAUUCACCGCAAAUGAGUGGGCAACGAAGGCGACGAACGCAUUUGAACGACACCAUCAGAUGAACAACAAAAUACAUCCACACACACACAUCCGUGCACAAAAUUGAAGAAAACUACAUAAAAUAAAGACGUCGAGAAGGGGACGCUCUCUUCUACACUUGUUUGCUGUCGAUCACAAGUCAAUCGAUCGCGACUGGACAGCGGGCCAUCCGAAGAAGGGUGCGCGGUGCGGUACGGCAGUCGGUUACGGAAUUCGGGUUUGUGUACCGAAAACAAAAAAACCGUACAACCCCCUUGAACCACCCAGUGCUACGGUCAAACAACUCCGCGAGCGCUGCAGAACAACGCGCGCCCAAAUCCAUUCCCAUUGCGUUGCUUCCGUCUCGUUGCGCAUAUGUUGUUUUUGUACGUCUUCUGAUGAUGUUUGCUAUUUCACAGUGUUUCAGUUGAUUUUAUCAGUCCGCUCGACAGUAUUUAGUGUGUGUGUUUUUAUCGUUUUUUUGUUAUUCGAAUUCAAUUGUUGGCCUUUCAAAUCAGGGUACCACCGUUAAUGCCAUCGAAAAGCCAAAGCAGCGAAUUAUCGCACCGAGCGUACCGGUCGUCCGAGGGCAGAGGCGUGGACGAGCGUUUAAUGUGCGAACUGAAACGGUCAACAUUACAUAAAGCUCUAACUUGGCGGGCGCAGAAGAGUGCAGUCUUCGAUCUCAUCCCUCACCACCAACGGACAACCGAUAGAGAUGGCCUUGCCACACGACAUUCGCUCUUCUUUGCCGCCUCGACCCCCCCCUCCUCCCCCUCUCUCCACCAUCGUUGGGUGGGGUGGAAUGCAUAUAGAUUUUGCUUGAGGGGAGGGAGAGACGGAGAUGAGCACGAAGAGUCGACAAAAGUGCCAAACGAUUGAACAAACGGAAUGGAAUCGCGUGUCCUGGCAUUGGCAAGGUGAUGGAAACAAGUGCAAGACGUGUUCACGUUCGGCAGUGUCUUUUGCUUUUAUGGCACGUUAAUAUUUCGAACAGCUUCGUCAGUCGAGCACAUCAAGUGAUGGUUGUUGUUUUUUUGUUUUGUGCUCGGUUGUGUCACGCCAAUAUGAGUGCAAAGUUGUGGCGUUACUGUAGGACUGCAGGGGAUUGACGAUUUGCGCUGACACACAAUACCGAUACAAAAAUGCGUUCCACUGAAGCAUUUCGAACCCAAAAACUAAUAUCCACAGUUUGUAGCACAAUUUCCUCGAAAUACUUAGCCUAACUAAGCGCUCAUAAAUACAGGCUUUUCUGUGGUAAUAUCGAGGGAAAGCGUUCCGCCGUAACGCUUCCCCCCGGCUGGCUUGAAAUAUGAACUAGCUUAAUGGCUUCUUCCUCUGAUUUUUUAAAUCUACAAAUCCAAUCAUACCUGAGACUUAUCCACGGUUUUAAAACAAAUCACAUUAAAUGCACAUCCCAUCGGGACUAGAAUAACACAUCUACUUCUUGUGAGUAGCGUGGUGGAUUGUUCUGGAAACAAACAAGAAAUCCCUCCACUUUUUAGUAUCAACUUACACCGUGGCCGGGCUUGGAGAACGUUGCUUUCGCUUCCGACGUUUCGGUAAGAAGUUGAAAACUAUAGCACUGCUAAACCCUUACCAACACCUGCUUACCACAGGGUAAAGUUCAUUCCGAGGGCUUCAGCAAGGACCGUUGACUAAGCUUCUACUGCUUCUUGACCUCGUUCGUGUGUUCCGUACACCCCCUGCUCGAAGUAUUGAGGAAACCCGUCAUGUGAAGGAACGCUCCACGUUGCCCGCAUUCGCAUUCUCAACUGACCGGAGCGCUAUCUUCUUAUAGGUUUUUUUCUCGGUUCAACCCAAAAAAAUACUAUCACCAGCUCUUUCACCCUUGGUUCCGGUUUUACUGACGCGACAACGCUCGCGCUGUAAUCGUUUCUUUCCUUCCCCCGAAAGCGCAGCCUUUGCCAUUUAUGCUUUUUUAAUGAGCAUAUAUGUGGUGCGUUUGAUAAUCUGCUAAUGAAUGGCACUUUUAAAAGAUGCUUCUAAUAGUUGAGCGUCGUAGUAACCGCUCGCCCGAGAACCGCUCAAAAGCUCCAGAACACACCUGAAACGAUGCACCAUAAACCAAGAUAAGAGACUACCGGGCGUGAGGGAGCUGGCCAUCGUUGCAUUUCCACCAACCCGCGCACACCCAAACGGCAUGCAAAAAGCCACAGCAAACGGGUGAAGAAAAUCAGUUAACGAAGUGCCAAACUCUGUUAUGAGGAUUAUUUAUUAAUGUUAUAAUGAUUACCGGUCUCAUUAGUUGCGCGCUGGGACGCGAAAAAGGUGGGAAAGAACUGAUCGUCGCAAUCGCACUACCGAACGGCUAAUAACGAAGCAUUAAAGAAAGAGGAAAAUGACGCCAACGAAUUUGAUUAGUCAAGCAAAGUUGUGGAGUGAUGGAGGGGGAAGGAGGACGAUAGGGAAACAAUAAGAAGUUGAAAUGAAACGGAGGGUGGGGAACAAAUCAAGAACUGAACAGACGAAGCGAAAAAAAUGGACUGCAAAGUAUAUGUGUAUGUGUGGGUCUUUGCUUGUGUCUGGGACUUUCAUUAGUCGUAACAUCGCAUUUACUAUAGAUAAGAAAAAUCCACCCUACACACCUACGCCUCCGCUGUUUUCAGGUGGAUUUCGGAGCUUGUUUUUGAGUUGUUUUUUAUCAUCUCUCAUUUUCCUUCCACUUUUCUUCUCUAUCGCUCUUCUAACGCACACGCACGCACUGAGAAGCACGUACACAAAUAGACGAUUUAGAAAAUGCAAACAGUCAAAUCGGAUAGAUAAAAAGCAACCGAAUGAGCGUGGAAAGAAAACACAAACGCGCUGUUUUGUCCCUCGAGCGUCUCGAGGCAAAAGGCGCACAGAACUGAUUCGGUUUUAUUUUAUCUUCUUGUUAACAAAUAAAACAUAUUUAAACAAAACGAAAUCAGACAACGGCGGGAUGAGGGCAACAGCGCACGGCUCAUCAUCAUCCCUGCUGGGCGAGCAAACCGGGGUGGGCAAGCCUAUUGGGAUAGAGUCAAUGGCACGCUGAAAAGGAGAGUGAGAAUGUGAAGCAAAAAAGGGCUGACUUUAAUGAAACAGAACAACAAAAAACCCCAGAGGCAGCUACUUAAAACGGGCAAAAAGCAUGCCUCUCAUCUUAAACGAAGUGGGAACUCUGCUUAAGAUGUAUGCUCACACCCAUACCUACCUACCAACAUACAUCCAUACAUACAUACAUACAUACAUACAUACGUUCGCGUACAUACCAAAGCACACAGGCAUGCGCGCGGCUGCGAGAUGAUCAAAUAUUUGAAUAUCAACUUCCACGAGAACGCACAAGACGAAGCCAAAUCAAGUGAAGAAAUGGGUUAAAAUUUUCAACAACUCUUACGAAAAGAUCCGCCGCAAAAGAUCCCCCUCCCCCCUCCUCCGUGGCCCGUGGAACGCGCAAAUGGAUUGCGCAAACAUUCGGCGCAAAUCUCGGACGCCUUUUACGCCAUGCAUGUUCUGAAUUUUAUGCUCUUCCUGCUUUUCUCAGUUUCGCCUUCCAUUAGCAGAUUUGUUCGGAUGUUUCUUUCUUUCUUUGAGAUUUCAACUUCAUCGAUAAACUUCCACUUGUGGGAUAUGGUUUCGCAUGUGAAAUGCAAGGCACGGAAGAUUAUCGUUAUACCAGAACGGUAGAGUGAUGAAGCCAGCAUUAGAACUCAAUUAUUCCCAUUGAACGAAACAAAGGUAUGUUUUGUAAAUCGACUGUAGUUUUGCAAUCUUUCCGUUUUUACCACACAUACAAAUACAUACACACAGUGGGUGCAAAUUUAAAGAUAGCAAUAAUCCGUACUUGGACAGCUGGUAAUCCGUACUUUGUAGCAGCCCUCCAAACAUCUUCCCUGUCCCUCUCCUUAUGCGAGCAAACACUUUAACUGUAAAAGGAAAAAAAAAACAUAAAAAACAGUAAAACGAUCCUCGCUCCAGGAGGAAAGAAAACUUUGAAAAAGUAUACAUAACACCACGAUUGUCUUAUCAACGGUUGUUGACAACGGUUCUUCCAAUCGCCCGAUGCACGUGCGGGCCCGGGCAAUCGAUUAGAUGCUAGUGCAAAUGGAGAAAGGCUCUCCUAACUUUCCUAACCUUGUUGAUAGAGAGACAGAUUGUGCAAGCAGAUGGUGGUCACGGUUGGCCAAAAGAAAAGCCUAGCAAUCCAACCGGCUAGCCACCAUUGUUUGUUCCAAGCGAGCUUUCUGUUUGCCUUACUUUAGCUAUAUUUAGCAACCAAAUCCUAAUGCCUUCCUCCUACCCCGCGUUAGCCUGUAAGCAUCUGCUAAGCAAGCAACCGAAGGACUCUAAACAUUUGAAUAUAUUUUGCUGUUUUUAUAGUUAUUAAGUAAAUCGAACAAAACAACAUACAUAAACGAACUAGAGAGAGAGAGAGAGAGAGAGAGAGAGAGCGAGAGAGAUCGCGCACGGUCUGUGUAAUAAGGUACAAUAAGCUAAUUUAAUCGAUGCCUUUCAAACGAGCGAUAGACGUUAGUUUGCUAGUAAAAUCGACAGUUUUAGGGUGCAACGGUAAAGCGGCACACACUUUCGCAAAAAACAAGCAAUCAAACAGAAGUAGCGUUACGCGAAAAAUGUAGAAAAAUCUUUCCCAACGGGGAGGAAAAUCGUAUCGUAGAGCAGUAAGAGAACGCGCAUCUUCCAAAAUAGGUAGAAGAAUUAAUAAUGUACGUUAUAAGCAUGAGUUAUGCUCGCGGGGAAAGCAACGAAAGAGCAACGAACGUAUCCAUGUAUGGAUCACGCUACGGCAAAACAACAACCAACAUUGUAAAUAAAGAGUUUAAAAGAUACACUUUGCAAAAUUGAA